AGCGAUGCUGCCUCUCACCCAAACACACCGCCGCACGUCGAUUCUCCCGAGGCCAAUGCCACCCACGCUAUCNACAUCAUCCAGCGCUUGUUCUGCGAGGCCCCCAGCGACAACAGCGUGCUGCAUCUACCCGUCAUUGUCGAAGCCGCCGAAUCGUCACCGCAAGCUGCCGCCGCCGCAGCCUACCAGAUCCGCAAAUGCCUUUCCAAAGACAACAAGUCGCGAGUCCAAUACAAUGCCAUCAUGUUGAUUCGCAUCCUGGCCGACAAUCCCGGCCAGUCAUUCACCCGCAACUUCGACGCCAAGUUCGUCUCUACCGUCAAGGACCUGGUCAAGAAUGGAAAGGAUCCGAGCGUGCAGCAGAUGAUGAGGGAAACGCUGGACUCGUUGGAAGCAGAAAAGAGCUAUGACAAUGGACUGUACGACUUGCUGGCCAUGUGGCGCCAACUCAAGGGCCACCAAGCUCGCAUUCUCCCACAGGGCGCAUACCGUCAGAUUGCCCCUCCGCUGCCACAGCACCCAAACACACAAGGCCAACCAGGAGGCGCCCUGCCCACACAACAAGAACUCGCCUCGCGUGUCGAAGAAGCACGGAACACUGCUAAGAUCUUGCUCCAGCUGCUUCAGAGCACUCCGCCUGAACACAUCAUGAGCAAUGAACUGAUCAAGGAAUUCUCGGACCGCUGUCAGGCCGCCCAGCGCAGCAUGCAGGAAUACAUCAACUGCACAUCUCCUCCACCCGACGACGAUACCCUCCAGACUCUGAUCGAGACGAACGAGCAGCUGAGUCUGGCAAUCAGUAGACAUCAGCGCGCUGUUCUCCAAGCCCGACGAGCCCUCGGCCAAUCAGUCUCUCCUGCAAUCGGCAACAACAAUCCCUUCGCUUCUCCGCCUCCUCAGCCCGAGUCUGCCCUACAACAACAACCAACUUCUCACCUAAUCGACCCCCAAAGCACAUACUCGCCCGUCUCUCCCAUCAACGACUCAUUCUCAGCUCCACCAGGACCACCACCAGGCCACCCUUCUGCGCCGACACUAGCUCCAAGCAAUCCCUUUGCUGAUCCUGCCGAGUCAACUCAUAACCACAACCUGGAUUACACAAACCACCCUCACGAACCACGUAACUAUGGUCCUGGUGUCGACACCAACCCACGACCGGCAUAUGGUGGUGUUACGGAGAGCUACAUGGGUCGCCAGUAUAGUGCUGCCAACGGUCUCACCAUGCACGGCGGUGUUGAUACAUCCACCACCGAAAACGUCAGCCCGGUCGAGCAGACACACACCCAGAGGGAGGUCCGAUACAGGUAU